UGUUUUAAUGUGAUAUGAAAGUAGAGGGAUUUGUGUUUCUAGAACCAUACCCCAAUUGAGAAUCGAUUCACGUUUAGAUGGAGUAUUUGGCUGUUUUGGCUUCACGAGCCAAUUCGCCCUAACAACAUAUUAGGUCCUUGGACUAAGGAGUAACGUUAGGCUAGGUCACUUUAAAACAAAACUGGGGGUUACAGUUUCACGUAACUUUCGAGUCCCAACAGCUCUCAGAAUGCGUAGUAAUUAUCCUCUUGUCUUUUAAUUGUGUCACAUGUACACUAAUCCAUCGCAGCAGGCGUAAAAUAAACGUACAUGUACAGAUUCAUUGGGACACAAUUACAAUGCCUAUGCUCGCUAACUAGCUACAUACCUAGCAUCUCCUGCAGAACAUGGUUAGCUGACUAGCUCUGUUUAGCAUCGACGAUGGAGCAUGCAAUCGGAUACUUUAUAGUUUGAGUUAGCAGACUUGAUAGAAGUGAAGUGCUGGCUGUCAGACUCGUCACUAACAGACAUAAUGUUUGGAAGCUAACGUGACGGUGGCAAAGGCAGGGUAACGUUACUCUGCUGAACAGGGAUAUUUCAGGAUUAUAACAGCCAUUUAAAUCAGGGGGAUUUAAUGUGUGCGCUGCAUGGAGAUGAUUAGUCGUCUGCUAACAGAGGUGCUGUCAUAGACAACAACCGUGUGAUAGAACACUGGACUGAGAAGACCUGCAGUUGUCUGAGUGCCUUCCUCUUUCUGCGUGGCAUCAUGGGAAAGGAGGCGUGUCUACGGUGGUUUCAGAGAUGGGAGGGGUUUUACCUGCACUGUUACAAAGACUAAAACAAACAGCUAGAAAAACAGAUAAUUUAUCAAGUUGAUCCAACAAGACUGAUCUCACCUGUGGAUAUGAACGCUCUCUUAGACGGACAGAGCACUGAAUAGUGUAUACAACAUUUGAGAGCUUUUGUAUUCAGGCUUUUUUUACUGGGUGCUUGGAUUUUUACUGGGCAGGUUUACAUUUUUUUUUGUUUUGUCCCAGCUGCUGCUGCCUCCCCAGAAUAUAGACCCUGGAACUCUCUCCUUUGCAAGCAUUCUGUCACACUUUUCUCUGUCUCACACAAUCACAUUGUCUCCAAACACACUCAGUGCCUAGAUACACCUUGUACAAGACCAGAGUUCAGUGGAUGGUCACUGCUCUGCUAGACACCCCUCUUCUGUUGUUUUACAGGCAGUCCUGCUACUACUGCCUAAUUUCUGCCCCCCCCCCCCCCCCCCCACACACACAAUAUUUCCCUUACAAGAGAGUUUGUAAAUAGUAGUGAUAGAUGUAGUGUUUGAUCCCUGGUGGAGGGUUAUGGUUGGUUUGUGGUCUCACCAGGUCAGGAAGUAUUUGUAAAAGCAGUUAAUUGUGUGUGCCCUUGUGGGUCUUUGUUGCAGUAGACAGGAAAGAUUUGGUUGAUUUAUGUAUAUUGUUGCACCAAAUAAGGUUACAUGAAAGCCAUACAGAAAUAUUUAUAAAAGUUGCAAUUCUUUUUGUAUAAUGUAUAGUUUUGUUUUCAAAAGAUAUAAAAUGUAUAGCUAGCUGUAGAUAUACCUGCAAAAAUCUACACAUAUGCAAACAAAGGUGUAGACUUUACUAUAAAAUAAGUAUUUUAGUUUAAGAUGUUUUAGUGGCUGAAGUGCAAAUAUCUGGCUACCUUAAGAUGUUUCUUCCAAAUGGCUGCUUUCUGUAAUAAUACUAUUUCUGCUACCUAAGACCGUUUCCAUCUACCAUCAUGCCCCCUUAUCCCAUACGGACACUGAGGUCUUCCCUCUGACCUUUCCAACAUCCUUCUCUUUAGAUAUACCUCUUCUACCUCGCUCCCUCCUCCUCUCUCCCUCCCUCUGAUGCCGGGGUUCAGUAGUGGGGGACUAGGUGAGGAGGUGGGUGGCCCCGCCUUCUCUCCUCCCUGCCCGUUCCGACCCAGUCGCUACGUUCCUGUCUCCGCGGCAACCACUUUCCUGGUCGGCUCCACCACGCUCUUCUUCUGCUUCACGUGUCCGUGGUUGUCAGAGCAUGUCUCCUCCGUCAUUCCCAUCUAUAACGCUGUGGUCUUCCUCUUCACCCUCGCCAACUUCUGCAUGGCCACCUUUAUGGACCCAGGGGUCUUUCCCAGAGCGGAAGAGGAUGAGGAUAAAGAGGAUGAUUUCCGCGCUCCGCUCUAUAAAACGGUGGAAGUUAAGGGCAUUCAGGUCCGGAUGAAGUGGUGUUCCAGCUGCCGUUUCUACAGACCGCCCCGCUGCUCACACUGCUCUGUGUGUGACAACUGUGUGGAGGACUUUGACCACCACUGCCCUUGGGUGAACAACUGUAUCGGGCGCAGGAACUACCGUCACUUCUUCCUGUUCCUGUUGUCCCUGACGAUCCACAUCAUGGGUGUGUUUGGCUUCGGCCUGCUGUACAUCCUCCAGCACCAGCACCAGCUGGACAGUGUUCACUCCUCUGUCACUAUGGCUACGAUGUGUACCGCUGGCCUGUUCUUCAUCCCGGUAGCUGGUCUUACUGGUUUCCACAUGGUACUGGUAGCUCGGGGUAGGACCACUAACGAGCAGGUCACAGGGAAGUUUAGGGGCGGAGUUAACCCUUUCACCAAUGGCUGUCUGAGGAACGUCUCGCACAUGCUCUGUAGCUCUCAGGCUCCCAGGUACGUGGGGCGGUGGCGGGGCAAGCAGACAGUGGAGGUGCAGCCUCCCUUCCUCCGCCCUCCUCUCUCCGAGGCGCAGCUAGAGGCAAAAGUCCUGGACAACGGCAUCCAGAACGACCACCACAGCACCCGGUCUAAGAGCAGUUUAGAGCAGAUGGAGAGCCAGUCAGCAGAUGCAGAGCCUCCACCUCCUCCCAAACCGGAGGUCCGCUACCCUGGCCUGCCCCGCGCAGACACCGAGGAAAGCAGCCUGCUGUCUGAAGGUCCGUCCACUCCCUCUAUGUACAUGUACCGGCCGGCCUAUAGCAGCCCACAGAGGAACCACACAGCUCUGACACACCCAAACAAGAUGAUUCGUGGGGACAGUCUGGACUCUCCCUCCAUUCUCCAGUCGAGUCGCCAGCCCAGCUAUCGGUCUGAGCCCAGCAGCCUGGACGGGGGGUCGGUAAUUGGUUUUGCGGCACGUGGAGGGGAGAGGGGAGAGGGCCCCGGGGGGUCCAGUGGGACGGGUGGGGUGGUUGCGGGGGGUAUCUCCGGGUACUCCCUAGGGGGGCGGUCGUACACUUCCUACCCCUCCUCUCUGGUCCUGUCCACCGGUGGUUCUCACUCCUCCAGCAUGCGCUCUGCCCACACACACCAUAAUACUCUGGGAACGCUCCAAUCAGAGGGCACCACCGACACCAGCUACAAGAGCCUGGCCAAUCAGACACCUCAGAACGGCAGCCUGUCCUACGACAGCCUGCUGACGCCGUCCGAGAGCCCUGAGUUUGAGUCGGCCGCUCACGAGUUGUCCCCACAGAAUCCCCACGCCCCUGCAACGUUUCCCCCGGCGAUUACAUCCUCGCCGCCCCCCGGGGUCAGGGACGUGCCCUUGCAGGGGUACACCUCACCCUUCCUCUCAGCACAGAUGGCCCAGCAGAGAGAGGGCCAGCUGCUCCAGGGCUCUGCCUCUUUCUCCUCCCCCAACAGGGCAUACCUCCGCGCCGUCAGCCCUCCCCCGCCGAAUCCCCCACACGCUGCACACCCUGAGACACAGCACCACCUCCUCCACCAGGACUCAAGACACCCACACCUCCGUGCCACCUCCUCCAUUCGCCCCCUUCCUCCCGUCUCUGAACAGCCCUCCCCCUCCUCCCCGCAUGCCUGUUCCCCGGACCCCCCUGUGUCUCCCCCGCCCAGAGGCCGCUCCCUAGGGAAGUCCCCCUCCUACACCGGGGAGGCAGGGCUCCAGCACAAGGCUCGGCCAAUGGGAGGAGGCAGUUUAUCGGGAGGGGGCGGAAUCGGCGUGACCCAGGCUCCACAAUCCACCUGUCGCCCAGGCUUGGCCAAUCACAGCACAUCCAAACCAGUGGGGGGGGUGAAGAAGGUGACUGGCGUUGGAGGGACCACCUAUAAGAUAUCGGUUUGAGUGACGGACAUCCGCCCCAGCCGAAGAUAGAAAGAAUGUUCCACUGGACAGAUUCCAAUGUUCUUACUCUGAGGAGACUUGGAGAUGGUUAUUCACUCACAUGCACGCACGCAAUGAAAGGACUAUCCUCUGCUCUUGGUCAAUAUGGUGUGGAUAGUGGAACAGAAGUGUUUGGCUCACUGGUACUUCAAUGACCUAAGUAUCUUUAUAAUGCCACUGGCCAUCUUUUUACUGCCGAUCUUUCAUAUUGGAUCGAAUGGCGACUGAAGUGAAACUCUGAAUGUUGACCAGUAAUGGAAUGGGACAACCUCUCCGCAGUCUGUUGUUAUGACAGCUGGGUACUAAACUCUUUAACGCAUAUAUACAAAGAUUAUUUAUUUCGGUACGUUAGUAUAUGAAGAAUUUAUACGAUAAAAUAUAAUCCUGGAAAGGAGGGCAUUUGAACCAAUCAGUAUGGAGCCUGAGAGGGCGCAUAUGGACUGGUGACCAAUUGUGGUGCUCAGUGGUUCAAGACUUCCUGUCCCAUUCAAAUGGAUGGACCAAUCACAAUGGAUCACCACUCCACAGUAGUCAUUAAUGUAAUUAGGCUGCAGAGAAUAUUCAGACUGCAGAGAUGAUGCUUCAACCCCUGCAAACACAGUUUCAUUUGAGUUUUAUAAAGCUUUUUUUUAUAUUGUUUUUUAUAUAAAUGCCUAAAGAAUCUUUAAGAAUUAUUGGGUCAAUUGUUCAGAUGUUGGAGAUAGCGUUUUGGGGUUUGUGAAUGACUAUGAAUGUGAGUUAGACUAAUCGCUUGUUUUGAUUGAUGGCUGUAUCAGCCAGUCAUAGAGCUCGCUGCAAUUCUCAUCCAAAGAGAUUGGUGAUCCUAUAUGACGGCCAGCAGAAGAGGCCUGUCACUGAGGAUGUUGAAAGCCACAAAGAAAAUGUUUAUUCCGAAUCAUAAAUACAGUACAAGCCUCUUUGAGGAAUGUUCACUAGAAAUGUUUAUUAUUGAUACAUUAUGCAAAUUCUCUCUUCGUAGCUUUUAAAUAAUUUGCCUGUCAUUUUAGUGUUCAAAAUGUUUUGUUUGUCAAUCAGUGCUAGAAAAACUUUAAGGAUGGUCAGCCAAACAUGUUAAGAGUGUGAGGGGGCAUAUUUAUUUUACCGGACAGGAAAACCCUUUGAGUUCUGAACACAAUUCCAAACCAAUCUCUAUAUCCAGGAGUUGGAAGAAGUUGCCCCUACACAUUGAGGCCUUUUGCCCCUAAUUGUUAGGGCACUAAGGGAGGGUAAGCUGGUUCUAAAUCUACUCCCAGAAGGGUAACUUCUACCCAGAGACCACAUCCCUAUCAUAGUGCCUUGUCCUUAGAUUCUAAUAAAAUUGGAAGAUUCCAACAAAUCAAAUUCUGGGGGGUGAUAUAAAUAUAGGUAUUCUGUAGUAACUUUUCUUUGUUCAUAUAUGUAUGACGUGUCUAGGAGGCGACAGAUGUCGGGGUUGGUUUGAAAUUGAGGACUGUUUUGAUCUUUUCUUUUGCCUUGAGACCAUUCGUAGUGAAACACAGCGGUGAAAAAAAAUAUUUUUAAGUAUUUCUUACAACUAUUGUAUUUAAUAUUUUUAUUGGUUUUGUUGACAUUCUGGCCUCUUGAUUUCCUUAUCUGCUUUCUGUUGUUUUUUUAAUCUCUUUAUGGUACAGUUAACAUUUUGUCCAUGUAUAGGUUUAGGAAGGCACAGUCAGAAACAGAAAGAUGUGUUUGUGUGUGGUUGGGAGAAGGAGGUGGUAUGUUUAAUCCAAACCCACUACAGAGUUGGAAUGUCAAAGCUAGCUGAAUGUAGCACGUUUUAUGUUCAGGGAAUUCUGAAGCACACAAACUAUCAACCAAUCACACAGCAGUGUGGCCACAGUCAGUGUUUGUAUGCCUCCCCCCCCCCCCCCCCAUGUGUACAGUAGGUGUGCAUGUGAUUCUGUGUGUGUUGAAUGCACUCCCGGUGUGUAUGUGUGAGAAUAUCCUUGUCAAAUGCACACCUGGUUGAUAUGAGUACAAGCAGUCAAACAUACAGGGCUAGAGAGAGUCUUACUCCUGGUGGGGAAGGGGGCUUUGAACAACAGAAUAUACGUGAGUAAAUAAGAAUGCUGCUAUUGUUGUGGGCUAUGCUGAAUGGAGUGUCACAAAUAUUUCUGAUGAAUAUGUAGAAGACAUUUCCAAAAUGGCCUUAAGAGUUUAAGGUGUCUUCUCAGAAUAAAAGGUCAACCUGAUGGAAAAA